GUGACCUUAAAAUUUUGUUUCUAAGCAAAGUCUUUGCACAAGAGAAAAUGGAGAAACUCAUGUCAAUAAGGAGAGACUUGGAAUCCGUACCAGAUUCCUACAUAUUGCCACCAGAUAGUAGACCCGGGGAGACCGAAGUUCCUCUAUGUAAGACCAUUCCUGUGAUUGAUUGUAAAGGAGAAUUUGGACGCGACCCCACGAAACUGAUUCAGCAAAUCAUAGAAGCUAGUACAGAAUUUGGACUUUUUCAGUUGAUUAAUCAUGGGGUUGAAGAGAAGCUAUUGCAAGAUGCAUUAAAAGUGGCAAAGGAGUUUUUUGGGCUGCCUGAUGAGGACAAAGCAAUUCUCUUCUCAGAUGACCCCAAGAAAAGUUGUAGGCUAUACACAAGCAUUGACUAUAUGAAAGAGGAGGUACAUUACUGGAGGGAUAGUUUGAGACACCCUUGUCAUCCUCUAGAGGAACACAGGCAAUUUUGGCCUGAAAAGCCCGCACAAUAUCGAGAUGUGAUGGGAAGUUACUCAGCUGAGGUGAGGAAGCUGAGUUUGUAUCUUUUGGAUAUGAUUUGUGAUGGAUUAGGACUUGAACCAGGAUACUUUAGAAACUCAACUCAACUCACUGAGGUCCAGCUUAUGGCUGCUAACCAUUAUCCGCCGUGCCCGGAUCCUAGCUUAACCUUGGGAUUGCCUAAACAUGGUGAUUUUAAUCUAAUAACCAUUCUUCUUCAAGAAAUGGAUGGUCUUCAAGUACUAAAAGAUGGUCAAUGGCUUGCAGUUGAGCCUCUCCCUAAUGCAUUUGUGGUCAACAUAGGCCACACUUUGCAGAUUAUCAGCAAUGGGAAGCUAAAAAGUGCUGAACACAGAGUUGUGACAAACCGAAAGCUUGCUCGGACAACGGUAACAAGCUUCAUUGCUCCUUCAAAUAGCUGCCAAAUUGAACCUGCAAAAGAGCUUGUCAAGAAGUUUAUUCCUCCACUCUAUAGAGCAUUCACAUACAAAGAUUUUCUUGCCACUUAUGUAACAGAUACUUAUCAGAGAAAACCACCACUUGAGCGCUAUAAGUUCCAAAUUUAG